UUUGGUAGUGAAAAGCUUGAAAAACCCCAUUUUUGGGGGUGUCUGUUUCGAACCCUCUGCCCCCGGGUGGGGGAGGGGUGCUGCCACCUCGACAUGGCUGCGGGAGGCCCGUAGGCCUCGAGGAGGGUCAGCAGCUGCCUCAGCCGCCUCCUGCCCCAUGGCCUUCGCAGUCUUUUGCAACAACUGCUUCUGUGAGCCCCGCAAGCCCACGCCACGGUUCAGCCUGACGAGCUGCGGCCAUGUCAUCUGCGAGCUCUGCCUCCAGAAAGGCAAAAAAGAUGAAUGUUUGAUCUGUAGAACUCCUUGUCGUACAUUAUUCCUUUCAAAACAGACAAGUCCUGAUAUUCAAUCACUCUUCAUGGGAGUAGAUACCUUAUGCAAGAAAUAUUCAGAAGAAAUAACACAGGUUUCAGAAUUUCAAGAGAAACAUCGUAAACAUUUAUUAGCAUACCACAGACAAAAGAUAGUAAAGUUGGAAGAAUCUCUCAAGAAAGUAACAGAACAAAUGCAUCAGAUACAAUGUAUGAAACCUCCUGAACAAACUACACAACUACCAUUUUCCAGUACAAGUAGAAAUCCACUUUCGAUUCCUUCAAGAAAACAGAAUGGUUAUUCUUCAUACUCUGUUCAUCCUAGUCAUCCAUCCGCUUCUGAAAUAAUGGACUCAAUGGAGAUAGAUCGUGGGCCUUCACCAAUGAGGAAACCUGAGACACUGACUGGUCCAACAAGAUUAUCACUGAUAACUCCACCACAAGAUGGACGUAUGGGCAGUGUAUCCUACAGAAGUUCUCAGUCAUCUGGAAUAAUGUCAAGUCAAAAUAGUAAAGCAGGAUCCGUAAGGUCCACACCUAUAAGGCUACCGCAUAGUGGAUGUUCACUCACGUCAUCAUCAUCUGGAUCACAAAGCAGUAGACGAGGGUCAUGGGCUACUUCUGACUUCAGAACCCCUCCGUUGUACCCAUUUACAUCACCUUCCCCACAGUCAUCUGCAACAAGACAUCCAAUCACCAUCUCUGGACUUCUGCAAAGACAACAUUUAGGAUCAACUAAUUUUGGAGGACAUUCAGCAGAAAGAUAAGAAAACAUCUGUGAAAUAUUUUGGUCAAUAAGUGUCUGCAGAAGCCCUACAUAGUCUUUGGAUAUCAAAGCAUUUGUAAUUUCUAUAAAAUGUCAAAUUGGCAUAAAAAAGUUAACUAUUCACCAGGGAUAAUGUGUUUGAAGCAUCACAGAUCUUGCUGAUUAACAUCUAGAGUGGUCUUAAACAGGAGUAGAAAAACCUCUUGAUGUUUUUAGAAAUUUUGUCUUACGAUAUAUUGUAUAAAUAAACAGCCUUUAUUAAUUCAGUGUUAAGGCAAAACAUGACUAUAUACUUGA